AUGUCUGACGAGGUUGUGCAGUUGUCACUAGAGAAUUCAGAAGUCUUGGGAUUCAAGGAAGAUUCUUCUGAACAUUCUCCAUCUAAAAGGUGGUUAAAAACCAGCAAAAUUGCUCCAUUUAUACAACUGGAUAUUCAAUCUGAGUUGAUUGAACAAACUAAUCCAAAACAUAUUGGAUAUGGCCAUAAUCCCCAGACUCCUGAAGCUAAUGAAAAACAUCAGGCCUUACAACCACAUGUAAUAACCAAUACAGAAAAGACAUAUUCUGUCACCAGAAGAAAAGAAAAGCUAUCGAGUGUUCUACUUCCACUAUCUGCAGCUUCAUAUUACAGUGGAGUAUCACCAGAAAUGGAAAUUGUUGAGUCAUGUCAAAUAAUUGACGAGCUGAAUGCAUAUUUGAAAGCAAGAAAGGAUGAUGUCAAUGCUGGUGUACCAGGCAAAUUCUUACAUGCUGUAAUGGGUUCAGAUGGUGCCGACGAACUGUUUACAGACGUGGGAACUGUGGCUUCAAUCAUCACAUACUCCUUCUACCUAAAUGUAACUUCAGAGAGCGAUCAAUUCUGCACAGUACCAAUUAUUAACAUUAACCGAACAAAUCUUAGUUCGCAUGUUGAACUCAAGUGGUUGCUUGAUUCAUGUCAUAUUAAUCAGUCAUCCUUAAUUUUUGCAGAUGAGAUUGAUUUGUCAUACUAUGAUCUAUUUGGAAGUCUUAAGAUCGUACUGUUGAAGGGCAGCAGGAUUGCCAGUAAGCAAGAGGAAAGCUCUUGUUGCACUGCCAUAGCAGACAAAUUUGUGAGUUAUUCGCCUGGAAUUUUGGCUAGCAAAUCAUUCAGUAAACUUCUGCUAGCUGGCAUUCUUUUGGAUACUGCGAAUCUAAGGGACCCUGGCUGCACCUCUAAAGAUAAGUACACGGCUUCAUUAUUGAUCAAUGGUGCUGGUCGUUAUGGGUGCAAUGGCCUUUACCAAUUAUAUGCUGCAUACAUUACAUAUAGCUAUGACAUACAAUGUUUGCAAUUUACAGUGAAGUACAAAAUGCAUGACCUUUCCUCCCUCCAAGUAGCAGAUAUCUUGAGAAAGGAUUUUAAAAAGUGGAUAGGACAAGAAAGUGGAGAUUCAAGGUCAAUGCAAAUUGGCAUGAGCUGUAUCGGAAUUUCAAUCGAACAACUUGUUUCUCGCGCAGAAAAUCUUGCACAAGAAAUAGCACACUUCCACUUGUCUGAGAAACUUCGAGCACUUAUCGUCGUUUCGGGGUAUUACAACGAUCAAAAGAACUUCAAGAGAGAAGUUUUGAUAUGUACCGAAUCUACGAAGCUAUUGGAGAGUCUGCUCUUUUUCUUCGAUUUCAAUGCUUCUCGGCUUCCACUCAAAACUCUGCACUUUCCAGGUAUGAAGAAUGAGAUGAAAGCGUACGAGAUUGAUAAGGUUACAUCCAGAAAAAUAGUAGAAAAUCUCAUACAAGAGUUCGUUGGAAUACCAAAAAGCUAG